CGCGGCCCGAGGGAGCGGCGGGAGCGGCGGCACCGGCACCCCCGGCAUCCCCGGCACGCCUCUCCACGGGCCGCGGCCGCGGGGUUGGGCCGGGAGGGGCCGGCGGAGCUGCCCGGGCCGGAGCCGGGAUCACAGCGUAGACCAGCUCCUGGCACCACUGAGCCAAACUGGAUUUCCACCAGUGACCUGGGAGCAGUGAGUCCCGUGUGGGCCCGUGUGUGCCCUCGGCCAGCAUGACCAGCGAGGUGGUGGAGAACGAGUUUGAGUUUUACUCCAAGGCAGAGAAGUACUGGAAGGAUGUGCCCGCCACGGUGGAUGGCAUGCUGGGGGGCUACGGCCACAUCUCCAGCAUCGACAUCAACAGCUCCAGGAAGUUCCUGCAGAGGUUUCUGCGGGAUGGCCCCAACCGGACGGGGACAACCCGUGCUCUGGACUGCGGGGCUGGCAUUGGCCGGAUCACCAAGCGGCUGCUGCUGCCCCUCUUCAAGACAGUGGACAUGGUGGAUGUGACAGAGGACUUCCUCACCAAGGCCAAGAGCUACCUGGGCGAGGAGGGCAGGCGGGUGCGCAACUACUUCUGCUGUGGCCUCCAGGACUUCAGCCCUGAGCCAAACUCCUAUGAUGUCAUCUGGAUCCAGUGGGUCAUCGGACAUCUCACUGACAACCACCUCUCCGACUUCCUGAAGCGCUGCCGUGCCGGCCUGCGGCCCAACGGCAUCGUGGUCAUCAAGGACAACAUGGCCCAGGAGGGUGUGAUCAUGGACGAUGUGGACAGCAGCGUCUGCCGGGACCUGGACGUGGUCCAUAAGAUCAUCCGCAGAGCUGGGCUGCACCUCCUGGCUGAGGAGCGCCAGGAGAACUUUCCUGAUGAGAUCUACCACGUCUACACCUUUGCCAUGAGAUGAGGGCAGCGGGAGAAGGUCUCUCCCGUGUCGUGACUCCCCUUUCCAGGGGCCGGUGACAAGGAUGGGACUUUUGUCUUCCAAGUUGCUGCUGUUUGUGAAAAGAGGUGUUUGCCAAAUACAUUUUCCUGCUGUUGCACUUC